ACACCAGUUCGUUCUUCGCGGCUGAAGCUUGGACCGGCGGGCGAACCUAAAAGCAAAUGAAAUUUCUUUGUAUCACUUCAACACAAAGCUAAAUGCAAUUACCAUUUAGGCAUUUACCAAAGCCACAGCGUUCAUUAGAUGUAUACAAAUUCAUGUUUCGAUUUUGACAUGUGUUCAUAGUUGUUUUUACAUGUUCAUACACUAUACAUGGUGAUGAACCUCAGACUAGACAAGGAAAGUCCUCUGGCGAUUGGGGUUCAGUUCGUGGUUGUGGAUGAUCCUAUGGUGGUCGAGUUGCUCGUACCGGGGAGGCUAUUCUUUGGUGUUGGAGCAUGGGGUUUUCGGAGAUUCGCUUUGAAGGUGAUGCUAAAGUGGUCGUUGACAAGAUCAAUCAAUAUAAUAUCCGGGAUAGUAGGGUGGGCGCAAUUCUUGAGCAGGUCGAGCAUGACUUCGCUCUUCAUAAUGGGCUUAGUGUACGAUUUGUAGGACGAUGUAACAAUAGGGUAACUCAUGUGGUGGUUAAAAAUGUCGUUUCAUUGUACCCGAGUAGGGCUGGAAGUUUGGUACCAGUAUUUGGUAUAUGCCGAAUACCGUACCGAAUUUGUCUAUAUUUCGUAUUACCGAAUACACGUAAAAUUUCUUGGGAUUCUGAUUGGGAUUAAAUUUCAAUUUUAAUUCGGUAUUAGGGAUUACGGGAUUGAGAUCGGUAUAUACCGAAAUAUCGAUUCAAUACCGAAAUAUAAGCUAGUGUGUAUUUUAUCAUUUCAACUAGACUCUCUCAUUCACUACUACAUAACCCUCAAUCACCAAGAGUGUCAUGUAAUUAUACAUAGAUCAUUUCAUCUUUGUUUCACAACUCAAAAGUCCCCAUCCAACUCAAUUUUGACUUUCCAAUUUAUGUCACUCUCAUCUCUCAUCUAAUAACUUGUUAUUUUCAUAACACCAAAAAGCAAACACUAGUAUUUGUCGACUCUCGGCUUUUAAUUCGUCAAAUAAGAUUACCAAUGACAAAAACUUGAGAUGUCACCUCUCCUUCAUUCUCCUUAUCCAUAUCCUAGCUAUAGGCAAACUCAAGACUCUUUGCUUAGUCUCUUUGCCCUAAAUUAAACAAUCAAAUCUAAUUUAUAUAUUUAAUUAUUUAUUUCAAAUGUAAUUAAUUUCGUAUUUGAUAAUACCGAUUGGGAUACCGAAGUACCGAUUGGGAUACCAGAAUAUUUUGAGAUUGAGAUUGGAAUACCGAAAUUAUUUAGGGAUUGGGAUUGUGAUUGACUUUCAGGUAUAAUUUUAUAUUCGGGAUUUCGGUAUUUGAUAUUGGGAUACCGAUACCGUACCGAUUUCCACGCUAUGCCCGACUACAAAUCGAUCUUUUGAUGUUCUGCCCUGGUUGAACUCGAAGAUGUAAUUAUCUUUCUUUUAAUUAAUAUCUAUGAUUAUCUUUUGUAAAAUAAAAAAAAACAUCAGACUCAUUUUUGGGUACUCAACACUCGGCCUCGAGCCUUGCCCUAUCUCUCCCCACCUAGACCUCGAGCCUUAGUUGGUGUUGAUGCCAAUAAAAAAUCAAGUAGUUGAAUUUAAGUAGCCGAAUUCAAGUGGUUGACCUCAUACAUUGGUUUGCUAGAGGUUGACUCGACAUGUUAGAUCCUUGUUUUGUAUUAAGGUUGAGUUUGGAGAUGAGGUAUAAUUUGGAUAAGAGUAUGUUCAAAAUGAAUCAUUUAGUUUGCGUUCGCGCAUUAUUGCGUUUUCUUAUUGUGUGUGGAGAAACAAGAUUAUUUCUCUUCUGAUUUUAUAUAUGAUGCUUAAUUACACUUUGGUUUUAUUGAUUCUCUUAGUUUGAUUGAUUAUCUUCUCUACUACACCUACAUUCUAAAGUGGUCUAAUUAAUCAUUCGGCUAUUCUUCACCCUGGGUAGAGCCUAACUCUUGAUUGGAAGAAAAAAGAGGAGAGGACGUCUUCAAAGAACUCAAAUGGGUUGACGAAAAAUCGACAAGUUGAGUAAUAUUUUAUCUGACGUGGUAUAAGAUAAUGUUUAAAUUGGUAGAUGAAAAAUACACCAAGAUUGCGUUCUCGCGAGAUCUUUAAUAAACCAAUCACUCGGGUAAAUUGGUAGAUACAAAUGUAAAAAUUACAUAAAAGGUAAAGGAGACCAUCCACAUUAUGUUUUCCCUAGGUACGAUGAAAAGCAAAAUCAAUUGAGUUCUAUAAUGUUCCGAUCCUAUAUGGGUUUUUCAUCUUAUCAUAUGCAUAGCGUUUAUUAUAUUUAAUGGGUUACUAAAAAUCAUACAGAUUUCGACUAUGCUAGGUAGUCAUCUCUAAUCUUACACACAAAUAAAUGACACCAAAUACAAAUAGCUAAAUUGUUAGUGAAUAGUAAAGUGUAUCUAGGUUUGUAUAUAUUCCAGUGGCGGAGCCACUUGGAGAGGAGGGGGUGCUUGCACCCUCUUGGGUUUGGAGAAUUUUUUUUCGAGUAGAGGUAUAUACAAAUUCGAACCAAUGACCAUUCAGUUGCAUGAAGAAUUUCUUAUCAUUUCGAUCGAGUGAGUUUUGUUAUGCAAUGCACUUUCGUUUUUAUUUAUAGUAAUAAAUUGUUGUCUUUUGUUUAAACUCACUCAUUUUUUUUUGUAGCUCUACAACAGAGAAAUUUCUUGUCUUUUGUUUAAACAAAGUUGAAAGUGAAGAAGUACCAAUUGAAGUUCACUUGUUUGUUUCACAAAAUCAAUUCCAAAGUACUUCUGAGUUCUAAUUUGUAAUAUUUGAUGAAUGGAAGUCUUGAUUUGUAUGUACUGAACUUAUUUGUUUGACGUUGUAACCGGUGUACGUGAAACUAUUUUAAUGUAAUUGUAUGAAUUUAGAGUAUUGCGUUGUUGACUUUUUGUUUAAUUUAAAGUUGAAUUUUCUAUUGUAUAGGUGAUUUUUUAUGAUAUGAUAAAGACACCCCAUUGGCCAAUUUUCUGGCUCCGCCACUGAUAUAUUCUGCCCAAGUGACUUUAUAUGAUAUUAUUUCCAAUCCACAUCAACAUGUAGUCAUUGAUGAGAGAAAGUAUCUGCCAACAUUAACAGUUAAUGUUAAUUAUCAUGUUAAAUCUAUUCAUUAUUUUGCAAAUUCACAAAUAUAUAUAUGUCGUGAUUAAAAUUUUGCACCAAUAUUACUUUUUAAUAUCAUAAAUUUCAAUCCAAAUAAGGGGAGCGAUAUGGUGAUACCCUAAAACCCCACAACAAAGAUCCUAAUCAUCCAUCUCCAAUCAAUCUCAAUCAUUCAAUAACUUGGAUAAGGAAAUAGAGAAGCGGGCUGGUAAUUUCACGCUUAUUAUCUUGUAAAUCAGUACGAAACAAUUUUUUUUUAAUUAAAACAAAUGAAAUAUGGUCUAUUGAAGACUUGUAGAAGCCUAGGAAAAAAAAAUGAACGAAUCUUUGGAAA